AUGAUUGAGGAGUUCUACUGCACAUCAAAGGAAGCUGUUCCAGUAGGCUUGAGCACCAUGAGAUACAGACAGCUGGUCGAGAUUCUUUUGGAUUACCUAUGGCCAAGAAGGUAUGUAGUUGUCUUCGAAGAUGUAUGGAGCGAUCACCUCUGGAAAGACAUUAAAUGUUCACUUCCGGAUGAAAGACGUGGAGGUCAUGUCUUGCUUACAACUCGGAGAGAAGAUAUAGCUUCAUCUUCUUUUGAAGUUAAAAGCCAUGUCUAUCAUCUUAAACCACUUGGAUAUUCUGACGCAUUGGACCUCUUUUGCAUGAAAGCAUUCCCGAACCAUCCCAACACGAGUUGCUCUCAAGGUCUCGAGAGCUUAGCUUACGACCUCGUUGCAAAAUGUGAAGGUCUACCUCUAGCAAUUGUUACUCUAGGUUGUGUUAUGUCUUCCAAAAAAUCGGAAUGGGAAUGGAGACAAGCUUGUGAUGGCUUAAACUGGAUGUUGAGCAACAACGCCCAAUUAGAAAGAGUGACAAGUAUCUUGCUGCUAAGUUUCAAUGAUUUGUCUUACCGACUUAAGUGUUGCUUCUUAUAUUGUAGUCUCUUUCCCGAAGAUUACUGA